AUGACGCGCCAAGCCCUAACUCAUCGUCGGAGCCAAACUGCCAUCGCCACUGAUUUCGGCUCCGGCACUAGAAAACUGGGUCUCUCCAAGGGUCUCGCGCAGAUUGCUCGGUUGACUUUUGCCCGAUACGGUGCCCGCCUGCCUCUAUGGACUGUGAUUGUCUCCAAGCGAAGCGUAGGCCAAGAUUGCACCAUCCGGCCCCAAUCGCCGUUGCAGAAGACGCAAAUUAGCGAGACUCGACCGCGUCGAGCCUAUUCGACGUGUCGAGAGGUGGGGUACACAGUGUUUCCGAGUGGAAUUUUUGUCCGAGGGGUUCUAGAGUUUUAUUUUUCGCAAACAAUUGCCAAAAUGCCGACUCCUGACUACGGUGCUUUGCCUUCAAAUUCCCCAACAGACGAUCUGUCGUCUGUUGAAAAUAACGAAAAUGUCCUGUCGGAGUCGCGAUCAUUGCUCCCCACAGAUCCAGAUAAAUGGGCACCUCCGAAGGGCUUUAUUUGGAUAGAAGUCGCGAUUUUCGCGAAUGUUUUCCUGUCCGGCUUUGAUGGAACGAUCACCGCGUCGACCUAUGCGCUGAUCAGCUCGGAGUUCAACGCGGCCAAUACGGCCUCCUGGUUGACCACCUCAUACUUGAUCACCAGCACUGCGUUUCAGCCAUUGUACGGGCGCUUCUCCGAUAUUUUUGGUCGCCGUGCGUGCUUUUUUACUUCAACUAUUACCUUUCUGCUGGGGUGUCUUGGUUGUGCUGUCGCGCACGAUGUCAUCUUUUUGAAUCUUAUGCGAGCAUUGACGGGAAUCGGCGGAGGCGGAUUGAUGACGAUGGCAACGAUUAUCAACUCCGACAUGAUCCCGUUCCAGCGCCGUGGGAUGUACCAAGCAGCUCAGAACGUUCUCCACGGCUUUGGUUCGAUUUGCGGUGCGUCCAUGGGAGGCAGCAUUGCCAAUACCAUCGGCUGGCGGUGGUGCUUUCUACUGCAGGUCCCUGUGUCUGUGUUUGCGUUGAUUAUGGGUCGCAUCAUGAUUCCUGUGCGCCAAGUGUCGGUCGCGCAUGCCGAUAACCGUGGUCUACGCGGCGUUUGGAAGCAGGUCGAUCUCACCGGUGCACUGCUACUGAUCCUGGGACUGUCGAUUCAACUCGUCGGUCUGAGCCUAGGAGGCAACGAACUUCCUUGGAGCAAUAUCUGGGUUAUCGCAUCGCUUGUCGGGAGCAUUGUUCUGCUCGUGGCUUUCCUAUUCGUAGAGGCUCAGACGACUGCUAUACCAGUGAUUCCUCUGCGCAUGUUGCAGGGCAUUCUUCCCCUCUCAACCCAGAUAGCCAACGUGUGCGUGGGAAUGGCUGCUUACGCUUUCCUCUUCAUGCUUCCUCUUUUCUUCCAAGUCAUUCUUCUCGAUUCCGCCUCCAAAGCGGGCGCUCGCCUUGUCAUCCCCUCCCUGGCUACUCCGAUCGGCGGUCUCAUCUCCGGCAUCAUCAUGUCCCGCUGGGGAAAACUGGCCCAUCUCGUGCGCGCAGGCGCCUUUCUCAUGUUCAUCGGCAACGUCCUGGUCAUGCUUCUCGACUUUAACGACGCAAAAUGGAAGUAUUUCGUCUAUGUCGUUCCCGCGAAUCUAGGACAAGGCAUCGUAUAUCCGGCUAUUUUGUUCACUUUUCUGGCAGCUUUCGAUCAUUCCGACCAUGCCGUCUCCGCCUCAACGGUCUAUCUCAUCCGCUCUCUUGGCACUGUCUGGGGCGUCGCCAUCACAUCUACGAUCCUUCAAAACCAUCUCAAUGCGGGCUUACCAGAUGCCCUGAGUGGUGUACCUGAUAAAUGGAAAGUAAUCUCGAAUUUCUUUGACUCUGCGUCUGCUGUUAUUGGUGACUUGGGCGAGCUUUCUGCCGUGGUCGACCUCGCCAAGAAUGGCUAG